GUCUAAAUUAUUUUUUCUCAUGGAUCAAUUCGUUUUGCCAGAUAAUCAAUUACUUGGUAAAGAGCAAGUUGAAACAGAAGAUUUACCAGUUAUUUCGCAACGAAUUCAAGAUAUAAUAGAAGUGCUUAAUAAUUUUAAAGAGCUAGGAGAUCAUGAAAGAGGAAGAUCUGCUUAUGUCGAACAACUUAUUAAAGAUAUGGCAGUAUACUAUGGAUAUUCGGAGUAUUUGUUAGAAAAACUUUUUAAUUUAUUUUCUGUAUCUGAGGCUUUGGAAUUUUUUGAAGCAAAUGAAGUUCCAAGACCAGUCACAAUACGAACAAAUACAUUGCGAACACGUCGAAGGGAUUUAGCCCAAGCCUUAAUAAAUCGUGGAGUAAAUUUGGAACCAAUUGGAAAAUGGACGAAGGUCGGAUUGACAAUAUUUGAUUCAACAGUUCCAGUAGGAGCUACACCAGAAUAUCUUGCUGGCCAUUACAUAUUACAGUCUGCGUCGUCUUUUUUACCCGUUAUGGCAUUGGCGCCUCAAGAAAAUGAAAAGAUACUAGACAUGGCAUCUGCGCCUGGUGGAAAGUCCACAUAUAUUGCAGCAUUAAUGAAAAAUACUGGUAUAAUAUUUGCUAACGAUUCAAACAAGGAGAGAACUAAAGGUCUUGUAUCCAAUAUACAUCGAUUAGGUAUUAAAAAUACCGUAGUUUGCAACUAUGAUGGACGCGAGUUUCCUACUGUACUUGGAGGAUUUGACAGGGUUCUUUUGGAUGCUCCUUGCAGUGGAACUGGCGUUAUAUCAAAAGAUCCAUCUGUCAAAAUAAAUAAGACCGAGAAAGAUUUUAUUUUAUUACCUCAUUUGCAAAAAGAACUUCUUUUAUCGGCUAUUGACUCUGUAGAUGCCAAAUCGUCUAAAGGGGGAUAUAUCGUAUAUUCAACUUGUUCAGUAACCGUUGAAGAAAAUGAAGCUGUUGUAAACUAUGCUUUAAAGAAACGACCAAAUGUAAAAUUAGUGCUAACCGGAUUGGAUUUUGGAAGAGAAGGAUUUACAAAUUAUAGAGGCAAGGUUUUCCAUCCUUCACUGAAAUUAACAAGAAGAUUCUAUCCUCACGUUCAUAAUAUGGAUGGAUUUUUUGUUUCAAAGUUUAAAAAAUUUUCAAACAAGUAUGAACUGAAAAGAAAGAAUGAUGAUGAAGAUCAUAAAGUUUCAAAAACUAAAAUCGAUAAGUAAUCAAGUGAGUUAAUAUUAAUCAAUCCAUGGAAAUUCGGUUUAAUUCAUAAGAUUACUUUUGGAUGUAUUUUAAGCAAUUUAACACUUUAAAAUUACCAGUUUAGCUGGAAAAAUAAAAUUAUUAUUAAUCAAUAAAUUAUAACCAAAUAUCUUGUAAUAGAUAAAUUCGCUAAUUGAUAUUUGCUAUUAAUAUUUAUUUCUACUAUAUAAUUAAUUAUUA